GGGGACGAUCCGUGCAUUCGGUUGUGACUUUUAUCAGGACCGGGGAAGGGACGUUUCUUCUGCCACUAUUUGAGUUAUGUCAUGAUCUUUUCGAUUCUCUUCAGUGGUUUGAGGAACUCAAUGCCCCCCCUUUGCUGAUUGAUCCUUUCCAUACCUUCACCUCUGCCACCUCCUGAGAUCCCUCUCUCCAAGUGAAGAUGCCGUCGGAAAAGUCACCCGUGGGCGAGUCGGCUCCGGACCUCGAAAUCGUUGGAGAUCAAGUUACGAUCCAUCCAAGCGGUUAUACCGGAGGACCUGAGCAAGAUGGACAGAUCACGGAGCGCAAUCUGGUCCACAAUAUGGCGCGCUUUCGUGAGAACCCGUUCGAUUUCCUACGCGAAGUGAGUUUGUAUAUGAUGUCCGGUACCGGCUGGCGCGCCUACGAUGAGGUUGUGGGACAACCUAUAUACUACUCGGGGUUUACGGAACGCAUUAAAACCCUCAUCUUGGCUAGCCCUAUUUUGCAGGAUAAAGUGAAGGAAUUGGCGGAAGCGCGACUGGCCGUUGAGGAGAAAGAAGGGCUGCUACAGGUCAAGGCCGGUCCUUUUGCUAGGAACAGGACACAACGGCGAAAUGAGCUCGAGAAUAAUCUUAAGGAAGUUGUGGAUCGCAUGCUGGACAGUAUGAUCUGCAAGAUGGAAAGCAAGAGAUUCAUCCGUGGCGCAUACUAUAUUGCUACGCAGUGUGUCACCCGCGCGUACCAUCAAGGAAUCCACGUAUCGAGUGAAGAAGUUCUCCGCUUGAGAGCUGUUGCGGACGAGGCUACAAAAAAGAAACAAUCCAUCGUUUUCUUACCGUGCCACAAGUCUCAUGUGGAUUAUGUUUCACUGCAGAUUAUCUGUUACCGCCUGGGGAUUGCCUUGCCAGUCGUAGUUGCGGGCGACAACCUAAAUAUUCCCCUGCUUGGCCCAUUUUUACAGCAUGCAGGUGCCAUGUGGAUUCGGAGAAGCUUUGGGAACGAUCCACUAUAUAAUACUGUCGUACAAGCUUAUAUCGAUACAAUUUUACAGCAAGGAUACAACUUCGAAUGCUUCAUUGAAGGUGGUCGAUCACGCACUGGAAAGCUAUUGUCCCCGAAAUUCGGAAUUCUCAAUUUCAUCGUUGAAAGCGUGCUAUCUGGGAGGGUUGAAGACACUAUCAUAUGUCCUGUCAGCACACAAUAUGACAAAGUCAUUGAAACUGAAUCUUAUAUCAGUGAGCUUCUUGGCCAACCUAAGCGAAAGGAAAACCUGGCAGACUUCCUUUCGUCAUCGUCUGUGUUGUCUCUGAAACUUGGCCGUGUGGACGUUCGUUUUCAUGAGCCGUGGAGCCUCCGAGAGUUCAUCACCCAGCAACUAACUAGACUACCUGGCCAAUUGCAGCUGAAGAAUGGAAUUUCACUCAGCUAUACAGAGAGAGGCAGAGUUUUAAGAGCGUUAGGAUAUAGAGUACUCUCAGAUAUAAACAAGGUCUCUGUGAUGAUGCCUACUGCACUGGUUGGAACGGUUCUGUUAACUCUCCGUGGACGUGGAGUCGGAAAAGGCGAAUUAGUACGCCGCGUUGAGUGGCUAUGCGACCGUGUCCGAGCGAAAGGAGGCCGGGUUGCUCACUUUUACCGAUAUCGGACAGAAGUGGUUGUUGAUCGAGCUCUUGAAGUCCUUGGGCCUGAAAUUGUGGGAGAGGUAGCUGGUCUGGUCGAGCCGACCUUCUACGCCGUCGACCGUUUUCAGCUUUCUUUCUACAGAAAUAUGACAAUCCACUUGUUUAUUACAGAGGCUCUUGUUUCCGCAGCUAUGUAUACAAGGGUGAAACAAGGUGGUGGACCUUCCUAUCAACGAAUUUCCAUCGGUGACCUCAUACACCAAGUGUCUUUCUUAUCACAGCUUUUCCGUGGAGAAUUUAUCUUCCCACCUGACGGCUUGACUACAAACUUGGAAAAUGCUUUACGUGGCUUGGAGAAAGACAAGGUGAUCACUGUGACGAGAGACUCCUCCGGGGCACCCCUGUAUGUUGAGCUGAGUGACACUGAGCGCCAAUGUGGCCGGGAGAAUUACGAUUUCUACUGCUUUCUUAUUUGGCCAUUUAUUGAAACUGCGUGGCUUGGUACCGUGUCUCUGCUGGGACUCACUCCGCCUUUAAAUGGACCAAAGGAUGUCUGGAUUGACCUUAGCAAGGCCCAGAAUAACGCACAACUCUUGGGUAAAACCUUAUACCACCAAGGAGACCUUUCUUAUUUCGAAGCUGUCAAUAAAGAGACGCUAAAGAAUUCCUAUGAGCGUUUCGCAGAGGAAGGCAUCAUUAUUGUCGCCAGAAGUAAGGAACCUCGUGCCUCUGCCAAGAUGAGACUCGCCCCCGAAUGGACUCCAGAACGAGAUCCUGACAGCGGCAAGUUGCUUCCUCAGGGGCGGCUUUGGGAUUUCAUGGAACUGAUUGCGCAGUCCAGACGUGAAGGGAAAAACCGACGCGAUGGGGCCACUGUCUCAUCUCGUGUUUUGACCAUGUCUGACAUCGUUGGACGGAAGCUCUUUGAAAGUGCCGAAAGUCAGGACCCUGAAGCCAAUGUCUCGACCCGUGCGCCACGCAGAAAGGCUAUCACACCGAGUUCCAAACUAUGAGGGCAUACUCGUUUCUCUUACCAUUUAAUUUUCAUCAUUCUUUGUUUCUUAUUAUCUGUCAAUACCCCAUGUCCUACAGUGUUCAGUUCUUUUCAUGUAUUAUAUUGUAUCUAUAUUCUGUUACUUUUCGCCUUUAUUACUCCAUUCAUGAUUAUUCUACGUUUCCUGCUUGUUUAUUGCUAAAGCUUCGGGAUAGAAAUAUUCCCUGGAAGGCGUCCAUGAAAUAAAGAAUAUAAUCACCACAUUUCCAAGCAGCUUUUGUGCUGCAACGUCUAUAUCCAGGCUAUCUGUGGGAAAAUCCAGGGAGGGAGACUUGAGCCUCUUUUGAAAAGUACUUCGGAGAAGGGCCUUGGAUGGGGUUUUCCAUAAGUUAAGUUAUAUAUAUAUAUGCUUGGUCCUGUAAAGAGUGUGUUG